AUGAGCAAUAAGAGCCCACUUGUUGUUUUAGGUCCUUCAUCAGCCUUGACUUGUUCAUCCUCAUUGAAAACUCUUCCUGAUCCAUCAGAUGGAAAAGGACGGAAAUAUUUGUUUCUUGAGAAUCAAGUAUAUGAGUUAAGUUCCAACACUAAGUAUCCCUCGAGUUGGUUUGUAAAUAAUCAAGUUUACCAGGAUGGUUCAAUUCGAAUGUUAACUCCUGUUCACCCUCUCUUCUUUUGCAUCUCAUUUUUGCGGCAAAAGAAAUAUCAUAAUUAUAUGUCCGUUGAGGAUUUGUUCAUUUCUUCUUCCUUUCCCGAUAUUCGAGAAUUGGGAAAGCUUCCAUGCAUCGAAGAUCAGCUACCGCUAAUUUGCGAUGUCCAAAAGAUUAGUGAUCAGUGUUAUUACAAGUACAAUCAUGAUUUGUGCCUAAAGUGGCUUCACUGCCGCACCGAGAAAAUUCGCCAAGUGAUAAAAGAGGAUCAACCAUUGGAUUCGUUGUGCAUUCUCUCCCAAUAUAUUGGGAAAGAUUUACUGGAGGAGGUUUGUAACGAAUUUCAAGUGAAGCUGUCACAACUGGUUCCAAAACAGAAGGUGGUUCUGAGUUGUGACUCGAAAAAAACGCAUAACAAGCGAUCGGAGAGAUCUGAAGCCUCGGAAAGCCAACCAGCUAAGAUAGCUCGGAAAUCUGGAAAGUCGGUACAUACUGCUCAGAAUGCAGCGUCCGGUUGUUCAAAGAAUAGUAUCACGGCCUUUUUCAAGUCCAAAUCGUCUAGGAAUUCUUUUUCACUAUCCAAAGUUCGUUCUAAUGCUUAGUUUUCUUGGCGCUCUGAUUGUUGGGUAAUGGUUCAUGUGUGUU